AUGUCAGAGAUAGCUUUGUAUUUUAAAUAUGGUAAAGAAAACAUAAAAAGAUUGGAGCAAUGCCCAUCUUUAUUCCAGCCAUUUUACAAUGUAAAAAAUGAAAUCAUUGUAAAUCAUGAUGUUGAUUCCUUACAACCUACUAUAUCGAAUGAAGCAACCUAUGAUCCUCCAUUCUUAUUAUCCAAUCCAUAUUCAAUGACUGACUUUAUUAUGUAUAGAAGAAACAAAUUACAAUUAAAAAUUGAUAGAGAGCUAUUGGUAAAUAAAAAAGAUGGUGGAACUGUAUCAUUGGAUUGGUUUGACUUUGGUGUAAAUUUUAAAGAUGAUACACCUAUCAUUAUUUUUAGUCAUAGCUUGGUGGGAGGUACUAAUGAACCGUACAUUAAGUACUUUGGUAAAUAUGCUUACGAUACAAAAGGAUUUAGAUCGGCGGUAUUUGUGAAUAGAGGUUGUUCAGGUACACCAGUGACUGCUGAUACCUGUGGAUCCGGAAGUAGGAUCGAUGAUUUAGAGAUGAUAAUUGAUCAUAUUAAAGAAAAAUAUCCAAGUGCACCAUUGUUUUUAGUUGGUCAUUGUUCUGGAUCAAUGAUGAAUCUAAACCAUCUAUAUAAACAUAAUGAAAAAUCACCAAUUACUGCAUAUGUCUGUAUAUCAUAUCCAAUUGAUGUUGGAGCAAGCUCCGAUACUUUUACAGAUAAUCCUUUCCACUCAUUCUAUUUCUAUCGUGGAAUACAUAAAUUGUUGGUAAAAUAUUACACAAAGUAUGGUGAUAGAUUGAAAAAGUUUGGUACAACUAUUGAGGAUAUCCAAAGAGCAAAAUCACUUCGCGAAAUUGAUCAGUUGACGAUCGUAAAGAUGUUUGGAUACAAAAAUUCCGAUGCCUACUAUGAAGACACCAAUAAAUGUACACAGAAUUUGGAGAAACUAAAGAAACCAGUGUUGAUGUUCAAUGCAAAAGACGACAUAAUAUCUCCGUACCAACUGAUACCAUUCAAAAAAAUUAAGUCAAAUGAAAACAUUAUAAUGGCACUCACAAAAAGAGGUGGACACAUGGGUUUCAUUUCCAAUAGGAAUCGUUGGGAGAAUUGGUGUCACCGUGCUGCAGUCGAAUACAUAUCGACUUUUAUAAAAAGAUAA